AUGCUGAUUUCAAGAAGUGCGUGUGCCAAAAGACUGGGUUCCAAUGGCGCUAAGCUGAUUUCUACGACAAGGGCAAAUCCGAGCAGACCUACAGAACCGAAAAAGAGGAAAAUAACAGAAUUCAAGGAUAGUUUGAAUAAGGGACCCGCCUUUGAAGAUUUUUUGGCAGGCCGUGCCGCUCAAUUUAGCAUGGAUCCCCUGGAGAAAGCGAGACAAAAUGCAGAGGAGGCAAGGAGACUGCCAAAAUGGUUGAAGGUACCGAUCCCGAAGGGUACUAGUUUUCACAAAGUCAAGAAGGAUGUUAAUGAAUUGAAGCUAAGCACUGUGUGUGAAGAAGCUCGCUGUCCAAAUAUUGGUGAAUGUUGGGGAGGUGGUGAUAAAUCUAAAGCUACAGCUACAAUCAUGCUGCUCGGUGAUACUUGUACUCGUGGAUGUAGAUUCUGCUCAGUAAAGACGAAUAGAACACCAAGUAAACCAGAUCCGAUGGAACCUGAAAAUACUGCAGAAGCAAUUAAACGUUGGGGUUUAGGAUAUGUUGUUUUAACUACGGUUGAUAGAGAUGAUCUGCUGGAUGGUGGCUCGCAUCAUCUCGCUGAAACUGUGAGAAAGAUAAAGGAGAAAGCUCCCAAGACAUUGGUAGAAACCUUAUCGGGUGAUUUUAGAGGUGACUUGAAUAUGGUAGAUGUCAUGGCGCGCAGUGGAUUGGAUGUUUAUGCACAUAAUAUUGAAACAGUGGAAGACUUAACUCCUCAUGUCAGAGAUAGAAGGGCAACUUAUAAGCAAUCCUUACGCGUCUUGAAAAGAGCAAAAGAAACUGUACCAACGCUUAUAACAAAAACUUCAAUGAUGUUGGGAUUAGGGGAAACAGACGAACAGGUUCUUCAAGCUAUGAAAGAUUUGCGUGAAAUCAAGUGCGAUGUGAUAACCUUUGGACAGUACAUGAGACCGACAAAGAGACACAUGAAGGUGGUUGAUUAUGUGCUACCGGAAAAGUUUGAGCAUUGGAAAAAGGUUGCAGAGGAUUUGGGAUUUCUUUAUUGUGCAUCAGGUCCGCUAGUGAGAUCCUCUUAUAAAGCCGGUGAAUCUUUCAUCGAAAACGUAUUAAAAAAACGUGUAGCUGCAACCUGA